AUGACCUCAAUUCAUUUCUCCGGCUUACCCGAGCCCUUUGCCUUAUUGACCGAUAGGCUUGUCUUGGUUCCCACCCCAAUCGCCGUGUCUUCAGCGACAUACCGAAAGCUAUAUGCAAAGCUGCAUGCCGACGCGAGUUUCUGUCAAAUGGGCUUUGGAAGCAGAUUCCCAAUCAAGAACUGGAGUGACAGUGACACCCGGGAAAUGAUCGAAACACGCGACAUUGCCCGUUCGUGGAAGAAGUACGAUGUGGGGGAUUUUGCCGUGGGGUUGUUGCCUGAGUCAUCACGCUCCAAUGGCACAAAUGCUCGCCAAGAAAAAACGCGGUUUUCGCUUCUCAAAGAUUCCCAGUUAGAGAAGUUUCUGGGGCUGAACUUGGCGCUGCUGGAUGAGAUUAAUUGGGUUGGCUAUUCUGGUAUCCGUCAUGCAUCGACCACUUCAUUGCCAGCACGCGAGGCUGGUGACCCCGCUCUUCCGCCUUGGCAGGAGAUGGUCGAGGUGCGAUAUGGCGUUGCACCGGAAUGCUGGGGCACGGGGGUGGCUAAGGAAGCUACUGAAGCGGUUAUGGGAUGGGCGGUUGAUGAAAGAGGCGUGAGGAGAUUUGUUGCUGAGACGGAGAGAGAGAAUUCGCGAAGUGGAAGAGUUUUGCAGAAGCUUGGAUUCAUUCAUAGUGGGACGGAUUACUGGAAGAAUCCGGAAGAAAUCGAAUGGGAGAUGGUUAUGCGGUGA